CUCUCAUUGAUUGUUUCACUCUUUACAUCACCGGUAUUAGAGGAGAAAUUUGAAAGAAAAAAAUUAGGUAGUUAACAGUUGCCCACUAUCUAAGCGCAAGAAGAGGGCUACAUGUUGUGUGGUUCAAAAGAGGCAAACAAGUUGGAACCUGUUAAAACCCAAAAGUACGUACUUAGAUCACUUCUUCUUCUUCUCUCUCUCUCUCUCUCUCUCUCUCUCUUCAUUUCACCACUGUAAAAUUUUCCCCAACUUAUUACAUUGCUUUGAGAUCAGAAGAUAUGUACUUUAAUUUCAUGGUUUCUCUCUCUUCUUGAAAGGUUGAUGCUACAAAGUCCAAGAGUUUCUCUCUCUCUCAGUUGCAAUCCCUUCUGGGUUUCAAAGGUCCUGUUUGUUUGUGGCAGCAGAAAGAAUGUGGGGAGCUGUUUUUGUAGCCAUUGCUGCUGCAAUAGGAAACUUGUUGCAAGGAUGGGACAAUGCAACCAUUGCAGGGGCUGUGCUUUACAUCAAAAGGGAAUUUAAGUUGGAAAGCCAACCUACGAUCGAAGGGCUAAUAGUAGCCAUGUCUUUGAUCGGUGCCACUGUCAUCACAACAUUCUCAGGGCCAGUUUCAGACUCGCUCGGAAGACGUCCAAUGCUGAUAAUUUCAUCAGUUUUAUAUUUUCUCAGUGGUUUGGUAAUGCUAUGGGCUCCAAAUGUCUAUGUUCUUCUGUUGGCAAGGCUACUAGAUGGGUUUGGGAUUGGACUAGCCGUAACUCUUGUCCCGGUCUACAUUUCCGAAACUGCCCCACCCGAAAUCAGAGGGCUAUUGAAUACUCUCCCACAGUUUACUGGUUCUGGAGGGAUGUUUUUUUCAUACUGCAUGGUGUUUGGUAUGUCACUGAUGGAUGCCCCUAGUUGGAGAUUGAUGCUUGGGGUUCUUUCUAUUCCCUCCUUGCUGUAUUUUGGAUUGACUGUGUUUUACUUGCCUGAGUCUCCACGGUGGCUCGUUAGUAAAGGAAGAAUGGCCGAGGCUAAGAAAGUUCUGCAGAGACUACGUGGACGGGAAGAUGUUUCAGGUGAGAUGGCUUUGCUAUUUGAGGGACUUGGAGUUGGAGGGGAAGCAUCGUUGGAAGAGUACAUAAUUGGCCCGGCCAAUGAGGGUGGUGAGGGCCAGGAAAUGGCUUCAGAUAAAGAUCAAAUAAGGCUGUAUGGACCGGAGGAUGGGAGGGCUUCGAUGCUUGGAGGGAGGGCUUCAAUGAUUGCAAAAUCUGUCACAGGACAAGCCAAUCUUGGCUUGGUGUCACGACAAGGAAGCUUGUUGAAUCCGAAUGUGCCUUAUGUGGAUCCACUUGUUACUCUAUUUGGCAGUGUCCAUGAGAAGCUGCUUCCCGAAAACACAGGAAGUAUGCGCAGCCUUCUUAAUUUGCCUAACAUGGGCAGCAUUCUCAACAUGGGCAGCAUUCUCAACAUGGGCAGCGUGCUAAAUGUGGUGCCCCCUGAAAGCCAAGACAAGACGGAGAAUUGGGAUUUGGAGGGGGAUGGAAAUGCAGCUGAUUUCGAUGACAAUGUUCGAAGGCCAUUGCUCUCAGGUCAAAAAUCAGCAAGCAUGGUAAAUGACAUGAUGCCUAGAAAGUCCAGUAGCUUCUUUGGCAUGAGGCGCAAUAGCAGCCUCAUGCCGGGGACUAGUGGUGAAGCUUUGAGUAGUAUGGACAUUGGCGGUGGCUGGGCAUUGGCAUACAAAUACUCUGAGAAGGUUGGCAAAGAUGGAAAAAAGACAGAAGAGUACCAAAGAGUCUAUCUGCACCAGGAGGGUGCACUUGAGUCUCGACGAGGCUCAAUGCUUUCAGUUGCUGGCGGUCCUGAAAUGGCUCAAGAAGGUGAAUAUUUCCAAGCUUCUGCUCUGGUUAGCCAACCUUCUCUAAUUUCCAAGAGGAACCAACUGAGCCAGCAUCGCGGAGAAGGAAAGACUGAGACCCAGGACACUGUUGUUGAAGGAUCCAUUUGGAAGGAUCUCUUAGAACCAGGAGUUAAACGUGCAUUGUUCGUCGGGGUGGCAAUUCAAAUUCUUCAGCAGUUCUCCGGCAUAAAUGGGGUUCUUUACUACACUCCCCAAAUUCUUGAGCAAGCAGGGGUGGCAAUUCUCCUAUCGGAUUUAGGCCUUAGUUCCACCUCUUCAUCUAUUCUCAUAAGUGCUCUCACAACCCUAUUGAUGCUUCCGUCUAUCGGCAUUGCCAUGAGACUAAUGGAUACUUCUGGCAGAAGGUCGCUGUUGCUGACUACAUUACCGGUACUAACUGGCACCCUCCUAGUACUAAUUUUCGGACAACUUGUCCAUUUGGGUUCAGUUGUCAAUGCAACAAUUUCUACCAUUAGCGUUGUGGUCUACUUCUGCACCUUUGUCAUGGGGUUCGGACCGAUCCCUAACAUCCUUUGCUCGGAGAUCUUCCCGACUCGGGUCCGUGGCAUAUGCAUUGCCAUAUGUGCCCUGACAUUUUGGAUUGGAGACAUCAUUGUGACUUACACACUGCCUAUCAUGCUCACGUCGAUUGGCCUUGCCGGUGUUUUUGCUAUAUAUGCUGUUGUGUGCACCAUUUCUUGGGUGUUUGUUUUCUUAAAGGUGCCAGAAACAAAGGGAAUGCCCUUAGAAGUUAUCUCUGAGUUCUUUUCUGUGGGUGCAAAGCAGGCAGAAAUUGAUGAAAAGUUGACUUGAUAGUCAAGGAAUUGAUGAUCAUGUUGUUUGGAGUUUUGUUCUUUGUUAUAUUUACAUUUGAUUUGUCCUGUUGUAUAUAUAAUCUUUGGAUAUGUGAGAUUCUAGCAAGUCAUCUCUUGAAACGAAGUAUGGAUUUAGGUCUAUAUUUGUUUUUAUUUCUAAUAUAAACUCUAAACGCUUUAACCAA